AUGGAUUUGGACUCAUGUGUGGAAGCAACUGUCAGACCUUUCCCAGUUAAUAAUGGAACAGAAAAUAUUAUUACUGGAAGCCAUUUAAAUAGUGAACAUCCUGAGGACUCUAGUACUUGUGACAUUAAAACUGAUACCUUAAACGCCAAAGCAAAACUGUCAACGACAUUAAUAGAUAAGUCCUUCUCAAUUGAUGAAGAUGAACUGUGUACACCUUUGGAACCCACUCAGGUUGGCCUAGACUACUUAACACCAUCAUCUAAUGGUGACACUCCUGUCACAUCAAAUGAUGAGGAUGAUGCAAACGAAAAUAAUUCACACGUUGACGUGUAUAAGACCUGCUUGGAAGCACGACCAGAAAAAAUUAGUGAGAGUAAACUUAAAAUUACUCGGCAUACAUUAAAUGAGUUAAAAAAGAAAAUUGCUGAUAUUAGUAUUAUUGAGGAAGAAGACGAGCCCAAAGUCAUCAAUAUUUCUGAAGAAAGUGAAUCGGAGAAUAGUUCAAGCAAGGAUAGCAAUUUACCAGACACGCCACAAUCUAUAUUGAGAAAAUCCUCAUUAUUUGAGUCAUCACUCGAGGGAGAUGUUUCACCAACAAGACAUGUGUUUUUUCCUACUGAACAAAAAGUAUUAGUGAGUUAUAAAGAACCUGAAUAUUCUUCUCCAUGGAUAAUAAAUGAUUUUAUGACGUCGGAAGAAAUUUUACAAAUAUACCAGCAGUCAUGUAAAAGACAUAAAACAAUUGAAUUAGACGCCAUAAAAUCUCAAAUUCAGGAAAUAAAAAAUAAUACGAAUCAUUCUGCUACAUUGAAAUUAAGCUCUAUAAAAAUAACACGAGAUGUAAAUGAAACAUUAGAGGAUAUAUUGAAAGUAACAAAUUUCCAUACUUUAAUUUUACAAGAAUGUCAAUUCACCAGUGAAACCAUGACAGAAUUUUUAAAUAUCCUAGAAUAUUACAAGUCUGUUUGCCAUUUUGAGAUAGCUAUGAGUUUUGAAGAUGACGACACUUGGAGAUAUUUUUGUAUGGCUUGCAGUAACAUUAUGGUUCUGGAAUCUUUGUCUUUCAAAGGAUUGGUUAUAAACGAGCAUUACAUGCGACAUCUCAUGAACACAAUCAAGAAUAAUUCUAAUAUUACCAAGCUAAGAUUUGAUAGCUGUAUGCUAGUCAAAUUACCAUCAUUUUAUUUAGUGGAAGCCCUUAUGACCAACAGGACAAUAAGGGAACUUUACUUACCAUCUACAGGUCUGUAUACUCGAGAAGCAGAAGCUCUUCAAAGGUUCCUUGUAAACAAUAUGCACCUGAAAGUACUAGAUAUCAGCAAUAAUAAUUUAGGGGACCGUGGACUGGAAAUGCUUGCCAAAGGAUUGUGCUGUCAAACAAAUCUGGGUACUGGUUUGUCAGUUUUGGUUAUUUUCAACAACCAAAUUACUGAGAGAAGCGGCGCGGUUAUCAAGAAUUUGAUUAUUGAAUGCAAGAAUCUUCACACAUUAAACAUAGGAUAUAACAACUUGACAGAUGAUGUUCUCUAUCAUAUAAGUGACGGAUUGCCAUACACACAAUCUUUACAAGGAUUGGGUCUGCAAUGUACUCUUUUAACUUGCAAAGGCAUUUUGGCCCUGUCCAAGGCAAUUCCGAGAAAUUCUUCAUUACAAAAAAUUAAUUUGAAAGGCAACAAAGCCAUACGAAUUUUGGGUAUUGAAAGUUUAUGUAAUGCUUUGACCAAUUCAAAAAUUGUUAAAAUUAAAAUUGAUGAACUUAAUCGUUCUUGCAGUGAUCCUGAAGCAUAUUCACAAUUUGUUAAAAAACUAAACGCUAUAUGUACUGUAAACCAGACCUUUGCAGAUGAUAGUAGCGAUGAUGAGGAGGUCCAAAACAUUUCCCAAAAAAAUUCCCGGAAACUUUCACUAAGUUGUGAUCCGAAAUAUGAAGCACCAGAGCCUAGCAGGUCAUUCCAGAUUGGUUCCCCUUCACCAUCGCCAGCGCCAUCCCCAAGUCCAGCGCCCAGAAGCCGUUUCCAAAUAGUGAAAAUAAAAGAAAACGAGAAAGUCGAACCACCUAAGCCAAUUCGUGCUGCCAAAUCUAGAUUCAAAGUGACCAGAGUACUACCCAGUCCCGAUCAAGAUUUGAAUUUGGGGCGAUUUGCCCAUUUCAGAAGUAGCGUCUCAUCCAAUGACAGUGUGGAUUCAUUGAAUUUGGAAAGUGAUACCGAGUGUUAA